AGAAAUGUGAGAGUGGACUUUCUAGAGAAAGGGGUGUUGAUCACAUCAUUUCUGCAUCUAGACUUGUAUUCUUCCAUCUCACCCGAAAACCCUCUUGCUUUUUGAGAAAUAUAUGAUCAUGUCUGUGACAGAUCAAAGGUUUGAGUUCCAACGGCCGAGGUUGAUUGCCAAGAAAGUCUUGGCCGAGCCCCGGGUUGCGGGUCGGGGUGCAGUCUUCAGAAGAAGCAUUGGGAGGCCGGAGUUAGAGUCCCUCGAUCCCUUCCUCUUGCUAGAUGACUUUUCUCUUUCACCUCCUGCUGGAUUCCCCGACCAUCCCCACAGAGGCUUUGAGACUGUUACAUACGUGUUGCAGGGAGGGAUCAGUCAUCAAGAUUUUGCUGGUAACAAGGGCAUCAUACAUGCAGGCGACGUGCAGUGGAUGACCGCCGGGAGGGGUAUGGUUCACUCGGAAAUGCCUGCAGGAGAAGGCACUCACACAGGUCUGCAAUUGUGGAUCAAUCUUGCUUCCAAGGAUAAGAUGAUUGAGCCUAUGUACCAAGAAUUGCUGUCUGAUGACAUCCCAAAGGCAGAGAAAGAGGGCGUUGAAGUUAAAGUGAUUGCAGGGGAAGCAAUGGGGGUUCAGUCGUCGCUUUAUACUCGAACCCCAACAAUGUACCUUGAUUUCACUCUAAAACCGAAUGCUGAAUACCAUCAAAGCAUCCCGGAACCUUGGAAUAGUUUUGUAUACAUAAUUGAAGGAGAAGGGGUGUUCGGGAUGCCAAAUUCGAGCCGGCGAAGCGCUCACCACAUCUUGGUGUUGGGGCCGGGAGAGGGGGUGAGUAUGUGGAACAAGUCCUCCAAGCCAUUGAGGUUCAUUUUGGGAGGUGGGCUGCCACUGAAUGAACCAGUGGUUCAGCAUGGCCCUUUUGUGAUGAACACACAAGCUGAAAUUGACAAGGCCAUUGAGGACUAUAACUAUGCCAAGAAUGGGUUUGAAAUGGCCAGACAGUGGAGAUCUAAGUGAGUAUCAACAUCCAACAUUAAUAAGGUCAAAAACCAGAUGUUCUUCAUAUAUCUGUCACUUUGAAUGCUACUUCUAGCUUGAUUUCAAGAACAAUAGAAUCAAGAUUUCUCACUUUCUUCGGUCAACAACUACCGCCCCAUCUUCUUGUCUCAGCAGGACUUGGCUUUAGCCCAGUUUUUCAACUAUAACCCAUUAGUUUUUCUUUCUCA